CACGGUACCUCUGUCACCGCUGCGCCGCAGAACAAGCAGUUCCGUUACUGCAGAGUUGAGAUCAUCAUGGCGGCCGUCCUGAGGGGAAGCUUGGGAGCGUUGGUCAAGGGCCUGAGUGGCCCCCAGUGGCAGCAGUUGGCCUCUCGACCUCUGAGUUUAUCUGCAGGACGCUGUGGUCCAGAGGCCUCACCGACCCGUGCAGAUGCCAUCUUCAAGGUUACAAUGGUGCCAGGGGAUGGGGUGGGACCUGAGCUGAUGUCUGCUGUCAAGGAUGUCUUUAAGGCUGGAGAUGUCCCAGUGGAAUUUGAAGAGUUCCAUCUCAGUGAGGUUCAGAACAUGGCCAGUGAGGAGAAACUGGAUCAGGUGUUUACUUCCAUGAAGAACAACAAAGUGGCUAUUAAAGGAACAAUCCACACACCCAUGGAGUUCAAAGGGGAACUGUCUUCAUAUGAGAUGAGACUAAGACGUAAACUGGACUUGUUUGCCAACGUAGUUCACGUAAACAGCCUGCCCGGCUACAGCACCCGCCACAACAAUCUGGACUUGGUCAUCAUCCGCGAGCAGACUGAGGGCGAGUACAGCUCACUGGAACAUGAGAGUGUGACAGGUGUGAUCGAAUGUUUGAAGAUCAUCACCAGAGUGAAGUCACGGCGUAUUGCUAAGUUUGCCUUUGACUAUGCCACCAAGAAGGGGCGCAACAAGGUCACUGCUGUCCACAAAGCCAACAUCAUGAAAUUAGCUGAUGGCCUGUUUCUGCAGAGCUGUGCUGAGGUAGCACAGCUGUACCCGAAGAUCAAAUAUGAGAACAUCAUCAUUGAUAACUGUUGUAUGCAGUUGGUCCAGAACCCAUACCAGUUUGAUGUGCUGGUGAUGCCAAACCUGUACGGUAACAUCAUUGACAACCUGGCAGCAGGGCUGGUUGGAGGAGCAGGAGUUGUUCCUGGUGAAAGCUACAGUGCAGAGUAUGCUGUGUUUGAGAGUGGUGCACGACACCCCUUUGCACAAGCUGUCGGAAGGAAUAUUGCCAACCCCACAGCCAUGCUGCUCAGUGCUGCUAACAUGCUCAGGCACAUGAGCCUGGAGUAUCAUUCCCAAAUGGUGUCAGAUGCUGUCAAGAGGGUCAUCAAACAAGGAAAGGUACGGACACGAGACCUUCGCGGUUAUUCUACGACUGGUGACUUUGUGCGUGCUGUUGUGGAAAACCUGCGCCAUCGGCCUAUUAAAUAAGACUUUUCAUCACAUGUUUUAACAUAACCUGGACUCAUGUUAGAGGGACUAUUCACAUUGUUUUGAAGUGUAGUUGUAUGAGGCACUGACACCGUCAUCAGCACUGACACAGGCCUGAAACUGUCUCCUCUGCCAAAGUCCAUGAGAACAUGACAGGAGCUGCUGAUCUACUGCUGCCUACUGUGUUUCACUGUGGUAAAUCCAAAUAAAGGAAUUAAAUCAAAUAACCAAUUUAAGCUUAUUGGUGGAGGCAGUGGUGGAUCAGUAACUGCUGUAUUUUAUCAUGUUAAAAUGUUUAUUUUCUCUACGGUAUCAUAUAUUUAAGCUGGUGUGUAUUUUAUUAGAUGAGCCUUGUGUCAAGAGGCCAAAGUCAUUUUUUUUCUUGUGUCCCUGCUGGCAGCCAUUUCCAUUGUGAGCGAGCCUCCAGCUGUCAGUGCUGGUUACACGUCUGCUUCAUCCGAUCACAUUCACGUCCCGUCUCAGUAUCAAGUGUCAGUUUGUCAAACACAGUCAGUCACACCCUCACGUUUGGGAUUUGUUUUGAGUUUGCUGAUGGAUCCAGUAAACCCAGAGAUCCCUUGUGUUAUGUUCUUGUACUUACUUUGUGUCUUAGCAUCGUCAACAUCUCUCUCUCCAUGGACACCAACAAUCCACAUCAUUUUGAUUUUCUUUGUUUCUUUAAACAUGCCUUACUGAGACUUUGGCACUCUGUCUUCCUUCAGCUGCUUUCGUGUGCUUCUGCUUCGUUGUGUAUGAUCGUGGUGAAAUACUGUACGUCAGCACCACUGGCUGUAUUCCUCAUUACUCACACGUCAACAGGCUAAAGGCUGAAUGUGUCAUUGACAUUUGAGUUGCUUAAGGUUUUCAGUUUUGUCACUGAAAUGCCGUAAACGCAACACAAUCCUGACAUUGGUGUAAUUGUGAAGGGUAACCCCAAAAGAAUGCAUCUUUAAUAAUACAGAAGGUGUUUAUCAGGUGUGAUACCAUAUUAUAAUCAUUUUACAUUUUUAUGUACUGUAACACUUUCACAGACGAUGACUUCAAGGGGUAGUUUUGGUUUUCUGACGUGUACUCUGACUGACAAGGAAAACCAGGUUUUAAACAAGGCUCAUCUAAUAAAACCUACAGCCACUCAACUCCACCGUAUUUUAAGAGUAUGUUUGCCUCUUUAUCUCUUCUAUACGGUUGAGUUCUACGUCAAAACUCCAAAUGUCUGACUUGGAAAGUUGGAGCUACCUCACCAACCCCAAGAUGACUUCCACCACACAAACACUGCUGCCUUUACUGUUAAUAUCACUUUUUUCACAUUUGCUUCACAUUAAAUCAGCCCGACACAUAGUUACUGCAAAUUUCCUUUUAUCUGUGUGUUGCUCUGCUGUUUGUGUGUGUGCCACCAAAUACCAUGAAUGGCACCCCAUGUUUUCUGCAAUAUGGAGAACAUGGACACAAUGAGCAGUAAAAAUUAAAUUGACUGUUAAGUGCUGUGAACAGAGACAAGCCUCUCUUCACAACAAAAUCCUAUCAUAUAAUUAUGCCAUGUAAAACAUUAAGAGAAUCAAAGGCAACAUAAUAUGACCUGGACCAACCUCCAUCUACACAGACCUUAUACAAACUCACUUUAAAAAACCCUGAACUAUCCCUUUAAGGGGAUGGUGCUUUUUACUGCUGUGCUCAGUGUCGGUGUGGAUCUCAGCAGCUCGUCAGUAUCUGUGUUCAGUGUCUUUGUCUUGACUAAAUUCAUGUUUAUAUUUAAGUGUCAUGUCCAGUGAUGGCUGAUGGCUACAUAGAUGGAGAGAUAUAUAGUAGAUACUUUAUUUGCCUUCUCAGGGAAUUGCACUAAAAAUAGCUCUCACAUAAAUAUUAAUGCAUAAACAACAAUAAUAAUGAAAAAAUAAAUAUUAUUAAUAUUAAUAUAUUAUUCAUUAAGUAAUAUUCUAACCUGUUGUUUUAGAAGAGGAGAGUUGUUCAAAUGAGGGCUGUGGAGCAUUUUGUGGAAUUGUACUUUAGAAUAGGUUUCACAAACAAGGAGCUACUUCAUCUUUUGGCACAUCAGCAUCACAUUGUCAUAAGUAUCAGGACUUUAAAAAGAAUAUGUAAGAAAAUGCUUCUUUUCCACAGAAAGAACCAGACGGACUUGGAGGAAAUGGUAGUUUUUGUGGAGGGGGAAAUAGCUGGAACUGGUCGACUGCAGGGUUAUCAGUGGAUGCAUCAGCAGGUCGUUCAGAGGGGUUUUGUGGUUUCUCUAGUUUAUCAUAUGAAUCCAUUAUGAAACCACAAAACCCCUCUGAAUGACCCGCUGAUGCAUCCACUGAUAACUCUGCAGUCGACCAGUUGCAGCUAUUUCCUCCUGGUUCUUUUUGCAGAAAAGAUGCGUUUUCUUGCUCUCUUCUAAAACAUUAGGUUAGAAUAUUAUGACUUUAUUCUUGUAAAUUUACGACUUUAAUCUCUUAAAUUAAUACUUUAUUCUCUAAGUCUGUUUCCUCAAUGUGGCCCCAAUACUCUGUCGUAAAAUGUUGUUUUUCUGUCUCAGGAAAAAUGGAAACCAAUAGUUAAGAUAUAUCUUGUGAUGUCUCAUUUUCUAAUUGACAUAAUGAUCAGUGUUAAAAUCACGGUAGUUUAUGAUGAUAAUUGAAUCACAAUUUUAAUAGAUUUACAUCAGUGUUGUUACUUUUUGUGGGUUUAGCCGUCAGAAGUGGUGAAGUUAGCAUUAGAGAUGCACGAUAGUGGACUCUGUCUAUAUGUGAUAUGCUGAUUAUUGGGAGUAGUUGGGCCGAUAACUGAUAUGUACACAGUAUAUAUACUGUGUGUAUAUACCUUUUUCCCUGCCCCCAACUGCAGAGGUCAUAUUUUUGUCUUUUCUGUAGUGAAAUAUACAAAUUUUUCAUGCUCAUUUUGCAGUAGGUGUAGACAUUUACAUUUUCUUCAUUGUGCAUAAUAAAUAAACGCCAGCAUAAAGAGUAGGUGGUUUCAGCUACUGUUUAAGUCAUUAUAUAUGAUAUUAGCCAAUAUUGUAUGAUAGUGAUAUCGUGCGUCACUAGUUAGUAUUUUUACUUUUUUUGCUGACUCAUGGUGGAGAGUGUUGACCUGCGCCAGUGUAAAAGUGUGUCAUGUUUUCAUUUUGUUUCCAUGUUCUUGACAAUGACAAAUGAGAUCUGGUCACAUGUGUGGUGUGAUCUGAAAUAAACAACUCUCUCUCCUCUCUUAA